AUGAUAAUACGAUUUGUUUGUCUUCGUCUUUUAGUUCAUAUCUGUCGUUGCAAAUUUAUUCUUUAUUUUUGUAUUUUAGUUUUAACUAACAAAAUGAUCUUCCUGCAGUCCACACGGAAAUUCAAGUUCGUCUUUCACACUGUAAAAUAUUAUAGUACUGUUUCAUCUUCAAAUCUUGUCAGCUGCUCUCACUUAGCCAAACUUGUUCAGAAUCCAACAUGGCAUAAAAAAGUUCGAAUCUUGGACGCCACCUGGGAUUUGGAUGAUAAAGAUUAUCAAAGUAAUCACUUUCAAAAUAGGAUACCAGGAUCAAGGUUUUUUUCCUUUGAUGAAUGUCGCGACAGAACUUCGAAAUUUCCUCGCAUGUUGCCCACAGCCGAAGAAUUUAGUGCUUACGUGACGAAUCUGGGAAUAGGAAACAACCAUCAUGUGAUCGUGUAUGACAACCACGAAACACAUGCUAUCUAUUCCUCUCCCAGAGUGUGGUGGAUGUUCAAAGUAUUCGGUCAUGAUAACAUAUCCGUGCUUGAGGGUGGUUUGACAUCAUGGAUUUUAGAGGGCCACUCUGUAGCUUCUGGUAACUAUACGGAAAUAGAGAGCGUACCGUCGCCUUCAUCAGCGUUUAUUGCCAACAUGCGGGCUGAGUUAGUAAAGGAUUUCGAAUUCAUGCAAGCAAACGCUCAAACAGAAAAUGCCGUGCAAGUCAUGGAUGCACGACCUAAGCAACGCUUUCUUGGAGUGACAGAUGAAGGUGAUGUAGACAGUGAGAACGGUCAUAUGCCACACUCCACCUCAGUGCCGUUUGGUAAGAUCCUGAAUAAAGAAACUCGCUCCGUUCGAACAAAAGAAGAAAUAAAAGAAUAUUUGCGAGACAGUUCAAUCGAUAUAAAUCGCGGUUUGAUUGCUUCGUGCGGUUCGGGGGUGACUGCGUGUGUUUUAUCAUUCGCUGCAUUUUAUGCUGCUAACAAGCAGGUCCCUGUUUAUGAUGGAUCCUGGUCAGAAUGGAAAGUGCGUGCACCUCAGUUGAUAUCAAGAGAAAAUCAAGACUAGAUUUAUCAUUUUUUUGUAAAUUUCGUUGUAUCAAAUAAAAGAUUUUGUGUAA